AAAUUAUCGUGGAGGGAGUGUCUUGGAGAGGACUAAGUUUUUCCUUUGGAACUGUUAAUUUUUUCAGUAUCUUCAUGGACUAUCAACAAGAGAUUUUGGUGGGAAAAGUUUGUGAGCUCUACGAUGAAAUUUCAAGCUUAGAAAACCUCAAUCCCUCAAAGCAUGUUAACACCCUCUUCACUCAACUUGUACUCACUUGUACAUCACCAUGUCCUAUAGAUGUUACCAAGCUAUGCAAAAGAGUUCUUGAAAUCAGGUCUAAGCUGAUUGAACUUUGUGGGAAGGCUGAGGGACUUUUAGAAAGCCAUUUUUCUACCUUCAUUGCAUCCCAUGACAACCCACUUAACCAUAUCAGCCUCUUUCCUUACUAUUCCAAUUACCUCAAACUUGGCCAUUUAGAAUUCGACAUGCUCAUCAAGCAUUGCAAUCAAGUACCCACAAAAGUUGCAUUUGUGGGCUCUGGUCCCCUCCCUCUCACCUCGAUAGUCUUGGCCUCUUAUCACCUUAGGACUACAUGCUUUCAUAACUAUGAUAUUGACCCUUCGGCAAAUUCCAAAGCACUCAACUUGGUUUCAUCGGAUCCUGACUUGUCAAAGAGAAUGUUUUUCCACACUGCUGAUGUUAUGGAAGUGUCAAAUGGCUUAAAGGAAUAUGAAGUUGUCUUCUUGGCAGCACUAGUAGGCAUGGAAAAGGAGGAAAAGGCUCAAGCAAUUGAUCACUUAGCUAAGCACAUGGCUCCCGGAGCUAUUCUAUUACUCAGGAGUGCACAUGGAGCUCGUGCAUUCCUCUACCCUGUCAUUGAUCCCUGUGAUCUUCAAGGAUUUGAUGUUCUAUCAGUUUUUCAUCCAACAGAUGAGGUCAUAAAUUCAGUAAUUGUUGCGCGUAAAUAUUAGUCUACUAUAUUUACUGGCAAAUAAUCUGAAAUACAAGGUUUUUAAUCCCUUAAACCAUGUAAAACAAAAGAAGAAUUGACUAUUGAUCAUGAGCAGCUGUAUGAAUCCUCAGCUUGUGUAAGACUUGAUAAGCUUAUGUAGGCUUAAUAAAAAAUCACUCUACAUGGCUGUUUUGCACCCUCCUAUUUUGAAUUUGUAGCCCAUAACAGAUAGUGAAGAGACCUUGGGAAAGUUCACAUGCAUAUAAGUGCUAGCUGUUUCAGUUGGACUGAUUGAGCUGGCUUUCUCAAUAUUAUAAUUUCACUAUUCUGGAAUUUAAUUCUUCUACUUGUGAAACUAUUCUCUUUUAUGGCUUCAAGAGAGGAUUUUGUUUUUCUUUUA